AUGCACUGUUUAAAGUUAAAGCAUCUUUUAUCAUCACAUAUAAAUUCAUUUAUCAUGAAUAAUAAAAUUAUUACUGUUAAAGAUGCAAGUUUAAAUUUAAGUUCAAUUGUUCAAUUAUUGAAUCAAGGCGGUGUUAUAGCUCUUCCAACAGAUACUAUUUACGGGUUAGCAUGUUCUGUGUAUAAUACUGAAGCAAUUGAAAGAAUAUGUCGUAUAAAAGGUCGUUGUGAAACGAAACCAAUGGCUAUUUGUUUAGAUCAGGUAUCAAAUAUCUCACAUUGGUGUGAUACAAAAAAUAUUCCAUGCGGUUUAUUAUCUAACUUAUUACCUGGUCCUGUGACUGUACUACUUCCACGUUACGGUGGUAGUGGUGGUGGUAAUGUCAACAGCAAUAACAACAAAUGUCAACAACAAGAUCCAUUAAAUCCCCGUUUAAAUCCAACAGAGAAACGUGUCGGUGUACGUAUUCCAGAUUCUGGUUUUAUACGUAAAUUAAUAUCAGCUUUACAUGAAGAAAGGAAACAGUUGGAUUCUGUUAUCAGUGACAAUGGCCAUGAUGAUGAUGAUGUUGGUCAUGGCGGCAGCGGUGGUCAUCCAUUGGUAUUAACCUCAGCUAAUUUAAGUGGACAGACAUCAGCCCUUCAAAUUGAGGAAUUCUCUGAGCUUUGGCCUUCAAUCGAUCUGAUCAUUAAUGGUGGUCCAAUACAAACAUCAUUGAAUUCGGAGUGUAAUCGAGCUGGUUCAACUAUUGUCGAUUUAUGUCAGUGUGAUCAAUUGCUGUAUUCUAUUAUACGAGAUGGAAGUGCGCUUGAUUCUACAGUCGACAUAUUAGAAGGUCGUUAUCAUUUGAAAAGAACAAAUUCUUAA